UAUAUACUAGUUACGCUGCUCCGGGAUCUAAAAAGUGGGCCUUAUCGGGUAUUACUAGAGUUUACCUUUAAAUUUAUAAAAAAAAAUACCUUUCCUCUUCCUAAAAUUAUAUUUAAUAAGUUCCUUAUUUUUAGUUUAUAUAUUUUCCUUUUUAGAAUACUUUUCUAUAAUAGAGCGUUCGCACUAUAUAAUUUAAUAUCUAAAGAAAAGUUAAGCAGGCUUUAUAUU